AUGGCUUUGACAUCCUCUUUCUUCGCGUGCCUGUUGGCAGUUCUUUGUCUCUUGCUUCGGGCCGGCAGUUUGACGGGGAUUGCUGAGCAGCCUCUCUGGUUGCUGAAUGCAUCGAUCAUGGCUUGGCCCCUUUUGGUCUUCCUGGUGGUUUAUUUCCUGGGACAUCUUUGGGACAGCCGAUGCUUCUGGUUUGAUCGAAUAUGCGUGGACCAGCAAAAUGCAAGUCUGAAGCUCCAGACGAUCCAAGCAAUUCCGGGCUUUGUGGCGCAAUCAAAGAAGAUGCUCGUGUUGUGGGACGACACCUACUUCGAGAGGACAUUGUUCUGGAUCUGCGCUGACACCUUGGUGGCCCUGCUCUCAGCUUCCGAGGAGGCAGGAUGGUCGCUCUAUGUUUUCUUCGGUUUCCUCUACGCGGCUUUCUGUUUGCACAAGCUGCAAGGGCACAAACGCAUGUUGGAUCAGAUGUCGGCCUUCGACCUUCGAAAUGCCAAAUGCACGUUCGAGGAAGACCGUUGCUGGGUUUUGAACUUGUUUGACGAGGCAUUGGAGCCCCCCAUCAGGGUCGCCUUUGAUGCGCCUGACGCCGAGGAUGGAACUGUGGAGGACGCGUCAGCUUGGUUUCCCUGGUCGUCCUGGUACCUUGGACCGCAAGUCCCAUAUUGGAGUACCAUUCGGGAUCAGAUGAUCUCUUUGUCGCUGUGCUACCACCGCCUGGAUCCCCUAGUCUUUGUGGCCAUCGGGCUGAGGCGCAAAGGGCAACAGUUUCGGGCCUUGGCGCAAAGCGGCUUUGCACAGGGGAGGGCGAAAAAGCCGGAAGCGAAACGCGCGCCAACCAAGUGGUUGCUGCAGCGUUGCACUGUGGUGUUGCCAGUGACCUUGGCCCAGCAACAUGGCCUUUUUCGAGCUGCAACUGCGUCAACGGUGAUCUACCACCUACUAAAGGCCAACUGUAGCGGCAAGGACAAGGUACACUCAACCUACGAGUCUUUACCACAAGUGUACGAUGUGGAAUUCUUUGUCAGCCAUUCGUGGUCUUGUGCCCCCUGGAUGAAAGCCUUGAUCAUUUCGCACUUCUUGAACUUUGACAUGGCUUUGACAUCCUCUUUCUUCGCGUGCCUGUUGGCAGUUCUUUGUCUCUUGCUUCGGGCCGGCAGUUUGACGGGGAUUGCUGAGCAGCCUCUCUGGUUGCUGAAUGCAUCGAUCAUGGCUUGGCCCCUUUUGGUCUUCCUGGUGGUUUAUUUCCUGGGACAUCUUUGGGACAGCCGAUGCUUCUGGUUUGAUCGAAUUUGCGUGGACCAGAAAAAUGCAAGUCUGAAGCUCCAGACGAUCCAAGCAAUUCCGGGCUUUGUGGCGCAAUCAAAGAAGAUGCUCGUGUUGUGGGACGACACCUACUUCGAGAGGUUAUGGUGCAACUACGAAUUGGCAAUCCAUGUGAAGACCGCAGCAUCGCUCAGGGCAACAAAAAUAGUACCUUUGUGGAUGCCGUUUUGGACAUUAUUCUGGAUCUGCGCUGAUACAGUGGUGGCCCUGCUGUCAGCUUCGGAAGAUGCGGCAUUAUCGCUCUACGUUCUCUUUGGUUUCCUCUAUGCGGCAUUUUGUUUCCAUAAACUGCAAGGGCACAAGCACAUGUUGGAUCAGAUGUUCACAUUUGACCUUCGCAAUGCGAAGUGCACAUUUGAAGAGGACCGUGCUGUCAUCGAGGAACUCGUUCUGAACUUGUUUGAUGAGGCAUUAGAACCCCCCAUCAGGGUCGCCUUUGAAGCGCCUGAUGCCGAUGCUGAGGAGGACGCCCAUCUUGCGGGGUGA